AAGAAUGGUUCGAGAUGAACCAAUUUGUGUAAUGCACCAGGAAAACAGGAAAACACUGGUGUUGGGCAACGCUAAUAAUGGUUUGUGGAUUGAGUGAAAUAAGAAGCUUAGAUGUGUCUGGGAAUCUUGCUGAGAAGAUUGAAUAUGUUGUUAGUGAGACACCAUCCUCUAAAGCACCUUUACCCCCUCUUUCAGGUGAAGAUGACUUGUCCAGUAGUGGUUCUAUUGAUGAGCUAGCACUUAUUGUUAGAAAAAUGAAAGACUCUAUUCCUGUAAGUGACCGCUUUUACAAAAUGCGGAGAUUCACCAAGUGUUUUCUGGGAUCAGAAGCAGUAGAUUUCCUGUCAGAAGAUCAAUACUUGGAAAGGGAAGAGGCUAUUGAAUUUGGUCGGAAACUGGCAAGCAACCUUUUCUUCCACCAUGUACUUGAUGAGAAUUUAUUUGAAGAUGGCAACCACCUGUACUGUUUCCUUGAUGAUGAUCCUUUGGUAUCUCAAUGCCAGAACAUUCCUAGGGGCAUAAUUGAAGUGAAGCCAAAACCCAUAGUAGAAAUUUCAUCCAGACUUAGAUUCUUAUCUUAUGCAAUUUUUGAAGCUUACACGUCAGAAGAUAGGAGGCAUGUUGACUAUAGAACCAUCCAUGGGAGUGAGGAAUUUGCAAGGUACUUGAGGAUCGUAGAGGAGCUUCAGAGAGUAGAUUUGUCUAAUAUGUCAAGAGAGGAAAAGCUUGCAUUCUUUAUUAAUCUCUACAAUAUGAUGACCAUUCAUGCAAUACUAGUAAUGGGGCAUCCCUCUGGAGCACUGCAGAGAAGGAGAUUGAGUGUGGAUUUCAAAUAUGUAAUUGGUGGGUGUACAUAUUCACUUUCAGAAAUUCACAAUGGUGUCUUGAGGGGCAACCAGAGGCCGCCUUACAAUCUAGAU